AUGCAGUAUUGUGUGAAAAAUACCAUUCAACCAGACACAAUUUAUUCCGGCGGUAAGAUAAUGGAAAUGAGAAUUAAGAAAUCACUGAAUUUACGCAUUAUUGACAGUCACAAUUUCGUACCAUCCGCAUUGGCAGCCUUCCCUGAAACUUUUGGAUUGGACGAGUUGAAGAAGGGUUACUUUCCUCACUUGUUCAAUACAAAAGCGAAUGAAAAUUACGUUGGUAAAAUGCCUCCAAUGAUGGAUUAUUGUCCCAACAACAUGAAAGGCGGCAAAGACGGACCUCGCGAGAAAUUCAUUGAAUGGUACCAGCAAAAAUGCGCAGAAGACUACAUCUUCGAUAUGAAGAAGGAGCUUCUCGAAUAUUGCAACUCUGAUGUGGAUAUCUUACGACGAGGCUGCCUGAAGUUGAGGGACGAAUUCCUGAAAAUUGCGAACAUUGACCCGUUCUGUUACAUCACCAUUGCCGGCGUGUGUAUGGCCAUUUACCGGAGUAAAUACCUGCAAGAAGAUACCAUAUCUGUUGUAACUAAACAGUUGAAAGAUCAGUACUCGAAGGUAUCGAUUGCGUGGUUGGAAUCUCUGAAUAAUGGUGACAUUGCACACGCUACCAAUGGAGGGGAAGUCAGAAUUUGUGGAGGUAAGGUUGAUGGCUAUGAUUCCACGACCAACACAGUGUACCAGUUCCACGGAUGCUUCUGGCACGGUUGUCCCAAUUGCUUCCACGAUGACACCAUGAACACGGUGAAAAACGAAUGCAUGGCGGACCUGUACCAGAAGACCAUGGCUAGAACUGAAAAUCUAGAACAAGCUGGAUACACUGUUGUUGAGAUGUGGGAAUGUGAAUGGCUGAAAACACGUGAAUACCGACAAAACCGAUCUAGACUCGAAGACCGCAUUAUUGAUCCGUUGAACCCGAGAGAAGCUUUCUUUGGUGGACGUACUGAGGCGUUUAAACUGAAGAAAACAGCCGAUGGUAACGGAGAGAAAAUCAAAUAUGUUGAUGUCUGUUCUUUGUAUCCGACAGUAAUGUAUUAUGAUGAUUAUCCUGUAGGCCAUCCUGAGAAAAUCUUCAAUCCACCUAGUUACAAUCCGGGUUGGUACGGUUUCAUUAAAUGCAAGGUCUUAGCUCCUAAGGAUUUGUACAUACCUACACUUCCGGUGAGAGUAAAGAUGGCGAAAAAUGAAAAGUUAUUGUUCCCUCUGUGUUUAAAGUGUGCGAAAGACAAUCAACGUCUGUGCACUCAUACAGAUGAGGAACGAGAAUUUACCGGGACGUGGACAACCAAUGAAGUGGAAAAAGCUGUUGAGGUUGGAUACAAAGUUUUGGAAGUUUACGAAGUUUGGCAUUUCGAAAAGAGUAACGCCUUAUGGAAGGGUUACAUAAAAGAUUUUCUGAAACUCAAACUCGAAGCUAGCGAACACAGUUAUCCAACUGAUGAAGCUUACGCCGAGGCAAUUAAGAACACGCAAGGUAUUGAGUUGGAUGCUGACCAAGUAGCUUUCAAUCCAGGUAAAAGAGCAGUAGCCAAACUUUGUUUGAACUCUCUCUGGGGAAAGUUCGGUCAACGCAACAACCAAGGAGUGACCAAAUUCAUUACAGAUCCUUGCGAGUUUUAUAGUAUUCUACUGGAUGAUCGAUUCAUGAACGUUAAUGUAAAUUACGUUUCUGAAGAGAUGGUCCAGGUGAACUAUAAAUACAAGGAUGUGUACGUGGAGGAUAACUUCAAUACCAACGUUUUCAUAGCAGCCUUUACAACAGCGAAUGCCCGAUUACGACUUUAUAGCCUCUUACACCAACUAAAUGAGGCAGUACUGUAUUGUGACACCGACUCGAUAAUCUACGUUGACGAUGGUAGAAAUACCGUUGCAACUGGAGAUUUAUUGGGCGAAUGGACUGACGAGCUCAAAGGAGCUUACAUUACCAAAUUUGUGACCACUGGACCUAAGACUUACUACUACACGACGAGCAAGGGUAAACAGUGCGUUAAAGCGAAAGGCUUCACGUUAAGCUACAAGAACGCACAGCUCAUCAGUGGUAAGUCGAUGGAACAGUUAAUCGAUGGCGAAAUCUUAGAGGUUGAAACCAAAGACAUUAAUAUUCUUCGUGACAAGAAUACGAAGGCAUUAGUGAACAAGGAACAACCUAAGAGAUUACGCUUUGGAUUUGACAAACGACUAAUAUGUGCAGAUUACGAUACGGUUCCUUAUGGAUACUGUUGA